UCCCCAGCCCUCGGGCGUCUCUGUCCAACGCCCACGUCAGCAAAUACCUUUUGUUUCGGUGCCGUUCGGGCUCGCAGGGCUCGGGGCUGCGGGAGCAGCGGCGCGGCGCCUGGAGGCACGGCGAGCCCCGAGGCGGGGCCGGGGAUCCCGCAGCCACCGCCCGCUCCCCCCGGCUCGGCGGCAGCCUGCCGCAGCUCCCCGCCGGUGAGCGGCGGCUCCCGCACGCCGAGCAACGUUUCAUUUCACCUUUUCUGGGAUGGAGAUUUCUUCUCAUCAGUUUCACCUCUUGCAGCAACUAAAUGAGCAGCGCAGGCAGGACUUGUUCUGUGACUGCAACAUCCUGGUGGAGGGCAAGGUCUUCAAAGCCCAUCGCAAUGUGCUGUUUGCCAGCAGUGGCUACUUCAAAAUGCUCCUUUCGCAGAGCUCGAAGGAGACGAGUCAGUCCACCACAGCCACUUUCCAGGCCUUUUCUCCUGACACCUUCACAGUUAUCCUGGAUUUUGUGUAUUCAGGCAAACUGUCCCUCACUGGUCAGAAUGUGAUCGAAGUCAUGUCAGCCGCCAGCUAUCUGCAGAUGACCGAUGUGAUCAGCGUGUGUAAAACCUUCAUCAAGUCGUCGCUGGACAUCAGUGAGAAGGAGAAGGAUCGCUACUUCAGCCUGUCAGACAAAGAUGUGAGCUCCAACGGCGUGGAGCGCUCCUGUGUGUACAGCGGAGGGUGGAGGGCAGAGAGCAGCCCCCCACAUCCCCACUCCAGCCCAGACCCUGGGACUUGCAUGAUGGGCGGCAACGCUUGGAGCAAUUUCAACUAUUACCCCAGCUCUCAAAGAAAUGCCCAGCAGCAGCAGCAGCUGUCCAAACACGAGCAGCGGCAGGAUUCCAUCAAGAAAUCCCGGCACCUGGGGCUGCAGCAGCCUUCAGACAUCCCCCACUAUAAAUCAAGCAAGCUGGAGGACAGGGCUGCCGAGCCCGCCGGCCAUGCCGCGCCGCCCGAGGAGCAAGUCCACAUUGACACCGAGGUGGAAGCUCCUCAUGUGGGCUACCAGUUCAGCCAGGGGGCUGAGGUGAUGCCCAGGGGCUUGGCUGUGUCCCAGCAGGAGCACGAGUCACCCCGCUCCUCCAGUAAAUCCAAGUCCUCCAAAGCUGAGGAGCAGUACGGGAGCAUGCCCUCCAUCCUGGGAGUCAUGGGCAACUGGGCUGAAGAUGACCUGGCCAGGAUGAGGUUCAAGUGUCCAUUCUGCAGCCACGUGGUGAAGAGAAAAGCUGACCUGAAGCGUCACCUUCGCUGUCACACGGGAGAGCGGCCGUACCCCUGCGAGGCGUGUGGGAAGAGAUUCAGCAGGCUGGAUCACCUCAGCAGCCAUUUUCGAACCAUCCACCAGGCGUGCAAGCCCAUCUGCAGGAAGUGCAAGCGGCACGUGACGGAGCUGACGGGCCAGGUGGUGCAGGAGGGCACCCGGCGCUACAGACUGUGCAACGAGUGCCUGGCCGAGGCUGGCAUCGACAGCAUCCGCAUUGACUUGGAGGCUGAGGCGCCUCUGGAGUUCCCCCAGGAUGGGGACAAGGAUUCCAGGUGGCACUACGGAGAGGACAACAGGUCUGACGUGGAAAUCGUGGAGGAUGGCUCGAACGACUUGGUCAUCCAGCAGGUGGAUGACAGCGAGGAUGAAGCGGAGGAGAAGGAAGUGAAACCAAAUAUUAGGUAGUUGGAAGACGAGGAUUGGGAAUUUUGUGGAAGAGGGAGGAUGUACUGUGAGCAAAUGCCCUCUGCCAGCUGAUCCUACAGAGACACGUGGUUGAACAGGUCCAGACUUGCAUGUAUUUAUGGACACGUCAUUGAGGCCAUGCUGGUUUGUUCGCAGAACCCCCAUGCGUUGUUUGGUCAAAAAGAUCCAUCCUGAAAUUAUGGCUAAACAAGGAAACUGCAGUAUGAGUGGAUAAUUUUUAUAGCAGAACCCCCACGAGUUGUUUGGUCAAAAAGAUCCAUCCUGAAAUUAUGGAUAAACAAGGAAACCGCAGAAUUACGUGGAUAAUUUUUAUUGUAGGCAAUGGGGCACGUCACAAAGCCUCUUGCAAGGAGGUUUAAAUACUUUUAAAAAGUCACAGAUUAUUGUAAAUUGCCCAUUUUUUACACUUGUAGAGAGGUGGGGUUUAUAUCACAAAUUAUAAACCCCCCAGACCAGACAACCUCUCUUGAGUGUUCAGAAGUGAAGAGAAUUAUCCACGAAAUGUCAUGAAAUCUUCUUGUUAUGAUAAGGAAAACAGCAGCUAAUUAAGAAAGAGCAUUUAAAAUGCUUUGGCACUUUUGUCUGGAAAAGGAUUUCUGUAAAAUUUAUUAGGAUGAGAUGAAUCUUUAGUAGAUCAUAUGUUCAAGACUUAUUUCUUUCAAAGAAAAUAAGCACACAAAUGCUUAACACAUCAGAGACAAACUGAUUUAAAUUUGGAUCAUUAAUUGAUGGCAGUAGAUGUUUUAGUCUCAAAAUUAGGAUCUCAGACUGGGCUGUUCUAACAACACUAUUAAAAUACUCUUUUUUUAUAUUUUGAAACCUCUCACAAGUGCCCAGACAUGGUGGGAUUGUUGGGGUGCAGGGCCAGGAGCUGGAUUUGGAUGAUCCUUGUGGGUCCCCUCCAGCUCAGGAUAUUGAAUUCUGUGCACCUUUUCCAGUUUGUACCAGUAAAACCAACAUGUACUGGAAGUUCUAGACACCAUAUUUGUGUCACUUCACCCACAAUUAGGCUACAGAGAUGAGUAAGGAUGAAGAAAUUUUACUUCUCUAACAAAAUAAGCUUGGUUUUGCUGCUUGGUGAGUUUUUCUUACCCAGCACUGUCAACAGAAGGGGAGCAGGAGAUGCUCCUGGGGUCCUGCUGCUCUGCAUUCCUUGGACACACCUGAGUGUUAUUCCAGCUCUUGGGAUCAUGGAACUCAAUGGCUGUAGACUUAGAAAAUUCUAUCUCUAUUUUUUUUCUUUUUUACAGCUUUGUAAGCAUGUUUGGCUGAACCCUGGGGUUUCUUACACAACAAUCCCACAUACAUAUAUAUAAAUAUAUAUGUAUAUGUAAUAUAUACUACAUAACCCUUCCCAGGGACAGCUAAAAAGUCACUAUUUUAUUUUUAGUUGUGUAAAAACUGUAUAACUUUCUUGUAUCAUCAUGACCAGAGAGUGCAGAAUUUUCAUUCCAGGCUGCAGUUGACCAACAAAUGACAACUUGAGAACUUCGUGUUAAAUUCAGUGUAAGCAUGAGGCACCCUCCUUUUCAUGGGAAGCAUCCCAAGGACACAAGAAAUGGUGUUUUAUUGUUCCUACAAAAAUUAUCAUUUAUUGGCUUAGGUUUGGGGAGGGAGCAACUUAAAAAUCUUUGUGGUGACCCAGAUGAAAACAUCUUAAACAAGACUUACACUUGAUUUUAUGGGACACUUGGUCAGCAGCCCAAAAAUGGACUUGAUGUGAAAACAGACAUUUAAUUUCUUGGAGCUUUUAAACUCCUAAAAUUAAAACUCCUGUUAUUAAAUGGCUUAAGAAAUAUUCCUGAGCAACCUGGACUAAAUCAAAUACACAGGACAAGAAAUAUUUCAAAGGAUAUGGAGUAACUUUGCUCAGAUUUCAUAGAUGUUUCCCUUUGCCUUUCCAUUAAACAGUUUGACAACAAAUCCCAGGUAUCAGUGCCUGCUGUCCCAGGGUAAAAACGUGGCUGGAAUUGGGCUGGGUUUGUUUGGGGAUGGAUGAAGGGGAGGGGAAAAUAAAAGUGUUCUCUCCAGACCUGAAAUCUUAACUGCCAGCUGCAAAGGUCAGACUAUUAAGUGUUUCUUAAUAGUGGGGGUGUUUUUAGAAGCAAAGGGAUUUUUGGAUCAAUACUCAAUUUAAUUAGAGAUCAUAAAUCUAACAAUACUGAGGAGCAGAUGCUUCAGGACGAGAUCUGAAGUGGCUCUAAAAGGGCAAAUGGAGCAAUCUAUCCAUAGGAAGACUUUUACUUUUUAAACACAGAUUAAUUGUUGAUUUGCUGGGCAAAUAAGGGCUUUUGUUUUGGAUUUAUAUGUUGUUAUUCUCAUUAGCAUAACUAGAUAUCUGUAGUCAUUUUUUCAAGUAUCAUAUUAAGCUUGGAGGUUUAGCUCAAGGCUGCGAUUCCCACAGUCAGUGAUGUUUUUCUGGUUUUUAAAAGUUACCAUUUUUACAUUUGUUGUCUUAAUUUUGGUCGUUGUUUCCUUCCUUUUGUAUUGCAAGACAAGAUAAAUGUUAAGUGCCUUCUGUUUUCCACGUCCUUCAUUUUACACUCAUGUAUUUUCUUUCUUUUUUUUUUUUCUCUAAAUGAAAGUAUUUUUCUUUUUGUCUCCUUC